AUGUCGAAGAUGGCCGCGCGCGGUGCCUGCUCUCCGGCGGGGAAGGCGCUGGCCUUGGUGCGCGGCUGUGGCUGUGGGCAGGAGCGGGAGCGAGAGCGAGCCGGGUGCAUCGGCUCAGCCUGCAGCUGCUUUCUAGAAAAAGCAACCAGUAUUGAAACGGAUGAUGUGAGGCAGAAAGUUCACCUCAGCACCUUUGGCGUCUUCAAGAAUGGAUUCAUGAUGGUCAAUGUCAGCAACCUUUCACUGAGGACAUGGAGCUUUGAUGGCAAGAGCAACUCAGCAGUGAGAUUCAGUUCAAACUGAACAAGGAAUGAUGGACACUGCACUUGGCUGGACGAAGAAUUGGGUUACUGUAUCUUGAAAAAGAAGCCAGAGCAGUAUGUUUCUGUUAUUCUUCUACGCCGGGACUUUACAAACAAUAUGCUCUGUUCUCUAGGUGACAAGUCCAAAAGAAGCAGAACAGCAACUCAGAAUGUAAUGGAGCAAGUGCACCAUUUUCGUAAAGAUAAAGGAGCUGUUUCAUUCCAGUUUUAUUUUAAUAUCGGCUCUGAAAACAGAAAAGGUCUGUACAGACUUUGCUUCUCCAAGUGUGUUGGCAGUGUUGUGCAGACCAGUGCUCAGCUCCUAUUUAGCCUUGAUGUGAAGAUCAAGGAGAAGAACCCUGAAAGUUACCUCUUAGCGGGUGAGAUCCCACUUCCAAAGCUCUACAUUUCAAUGGCUCUCCUCUUCUUUCUUUCUGCGACCGUGUGGAUCCACAUCCUUCGUAAAUGCAGGAAUGAUGUAUUUAAGAUUCACUGGCUAAUGGCAGCCUUCCCUUUCACAAAGUCUCUGUCCUUGACGCUGAAGGACCUUCUGCUGUUCAUCACCAUCAUACUAAUCAGCACUGGCUGGGCUUUCAUUAAACCCUUUCAGAUAAAAAAAAAAAAGGUCUUUAUGAUUGUCAUCCCACUACAGGUCCUGGCAAAUGUGGCAUACGUGAUCCUAGAGUCAACAGAAGAGACAACAACUGCCCAUGGGCUGUGGAAACAAAUUCUAUUCCUAUUAGACCUACUAUGUUGUGAAGCCAUCCUAUUUCCAGUAGUAUGGUUUUCAACAGCCACAAUAAUGCGUGAGUGCUACUGCAGGAACUGGAGAAUGAUUCUACUCUGUAAGACUUGUGUGGGCUGGGAGGGAGGCAGGCUGUCCUCUGCAGCCAUCCAUAUUUCAUACAAAGGAGACUCAGGUUGCUUCCCUGACUCUGCUGACCUGGGACAGAUGCAUCUCUCGGAGAACACUCUGAUAAUAGUCGCCACGAUUGUAUGUUACAUUUACUUCACACGGGUCAUUCCAAUUGUCAUCAGGUUUGCUGUUCUGUUCCAGUGGAAUUGUCUCUACCAGCUGUUGGAUGAAAUGGCAACGUUUAUGUUCUUUGUUUUUACAGGGUACAAGUUCUGUCUGGCAUCAGGUAACCCGGACCUCCAUCUCUCUUAGGACGAUGGAGAUGACUUGAAGGUGGAAGCUAUGGUGGCUACUUCAGGGGUGAUGAAAAGCAGGGAGAAGGUCAAGAAAGCGGUAAAUGGUUCAGCAGAGCCCCGACACAAGUGGAAGAACACAGCACAAGGGUCCGAUUCCUCUGGACCAAGGCAGCACUUCCCAAGAAAAUGUUACUGUACUACUACUACUCCGUGGAAAGGGAGCAACCUGAGCUUCCCAACACUGAGACUGCAGACUGGGGUGUGUGAAGGGGAGCAAAACAUUGCAAAAAGCUAAUUAUUCCUCUUUUAAAGAUAUGGGUUUAUUAUGGGAUAUUGUUACACACAAGGAAUCUGGAGCUUUCUUAGGGAUGCUGGGUGGCUUAUUUGCUUCACCCACACACCCCUUUCUGGAACUGUUAGGACUUCUGAAUUGUUUGCAGUUGUGUUCUCUGGAGUGUGUGAUAUCAAUGUGAAGAGAGACCUAUAGUGUGUGUGAGUAAAGUAAAUGCAUAUACACAUGCUGUGUGACACCUGCGCUGGAAGUUAUGAAGUGUCAUGAAAGGUGGGGAAGUCCACCAGAGGAGCUCGUUCUUGUGGAAUGAAAAGGUGGGAGAACCCCUGAAAGAAUUCUGUGACUAGCCUCUACUGCAGCACGAGUCUCCUCUCUUUUUAUGUUGAGCCAUAUCACCUCUGUUGGGGCCUAUUGCCUCUGGCUAGGAUGUGUAGCAUCAGUGAGACUGCUGCCUAAGCACCUGAAUCAGUCAGGAAGGCAUUUA